ACAGAAUGUUGGCUUUUUUUUGGGUAUGCAUGCUCUCUUUUGAGAGAAGGUAAGCCGAAUGAAAUGUUAAGGUUUUUCUUCAACUGGGAUUUGUUGCUGCGUUGUGCUCUCUUUUCUGAUUCAGGAUAUCUGCCCUGUAUUACCUGGAUUGGUGUGAUGAGAUCUUGAUUUGUAGUUGUGUUUGAAUUUUUAGGGCAGAUCUUAGCAAAAGGCAGUAGUUUUUAGAGUAGAUCUUGAUGCCGUGUCAUGUGUGUUUCAAAUUACUGAUGCAUAUCUUCUAUGUUUCACUACAAAAUGAAUAAUAACAUGUAAAAUGUAUGUCCAUUUAUCAACAAGACAUUUUUAGCUUUUAGAUUUUAUGUUUGGCAUGUUGCAUCCAAUCAAGUCUCUGUUCUAUAGAAUGGAGAAUAUGAGUAUUGCAUAUUUUUAAUCAAUGCCUUUCUGUUAUACUGAAAUUUAUGAUUUGGGAGGCCAUGCUAUUUGGGAAGUGAGGUCAACUUCCCAAAACAUGCUAGUAUGCAACUAUAACUCUAGGAGCUGACACAUGUGAUGCAAACUCAAAUCUCAACUGCGUUAACUACAAAGCUGCAAAGAAUCAUCUCUUUUGUGUGAUCAUUCCAACUCAAUUGGUGAGUCCAUUAUCCGGAUUUCAGUUUGGAACUGCAAUGGUGUACUGGAUUAGAGAUUCAUUGCUUCCCAGGAUAUAUUUAUAUGGGUGAUGGCUCAUCUUUGGUCUCUUGUUUCCAUGUAUGCUGGUCUAAAUGCUUUGACAGUGUUGGAAACUAGAAUUUUCUUUUAUUGCCAUCUUUACUCGCUCCUAGUUCUUUUACCAUAUUUUGGACAAAAUGUAGUGCACUGUGACCUGUUUUUCUCAUGGCUUAGAAGCGGCUAUGACCACCAAUCAAUCUAAUUAAGCUUAUGGAUAUUAUUAGCAAAUUAAAUGUUAGAGACCAAUUGUUGACAUGUUGGUUUUGCUUUCUUCUUGCUCUUUUCCUUUUUGUAUAUGUGAAUCUCUUUCUUAAUAUGUCUGGUGCUUUGUUAAUCUCGCACUCUGGGUUGAUUGGCUAUGUUCUUUCAUGAUCUCUUCUUUGUCACAUUUGGCAGCCAGAAAUGCAGUUUUGAACCUUCCUAAGAGUACAAGUCCUUCUUACAAACAUGAGUUGUUGGUCUAACUCAAUCCUACAGUGUUCUGUUUAAUUUGAAAAGUUUAAUUUGGAAAGAGUAACUUACUCAUAUGGUUGGUGCAGGAUUAGAAUAAUGUAUAACUACUUCAAUAAGAAGUCUAGAAGAAGGCUCCUCUUACUGGAGAUGAUGUUUAUGAAACAAUAACAGAGGAUAUUUAUAUGGGUGGUGGCUCAUCUUUGGUCUCUUCUUUCAAUGUAUGCUGGUUUAAUUGCUUUGACAGUGUUGGAAACUAAAAUUUUCUUUGAUUGUAAUCUUUACUCACUCCUAGUUCUUGUACCAUACUUUUUACAAUCCUUAGAAUUUCAGGGUAGGAUUUUUUGCUUUGCUGAUCAGAUAAGUUUUGAGGAAAAAGGAGGACAAAAUGUACUACACUGUGACCCGUUCUUCUCUUGGCUUAGAAAGUCGGUGUUGGCAUCUUGUUGGUUGAUGAGUUAGCUGCAUAGACUUAUGUAUUGCCACUGCUAUGACUACCAAUCAAUCUAAUUAAGCUUA